AUGACAUGUACAUAUGAUAUUAUAUGCUUUCCGGUAACAGGCGGAGGUAAUGAUUUGAAUCCUUUGGAAAUUAGAAAUCCACGUCAAUUAUAUACAUACACGCUUGAAAAUUUACAUUUCUCUAUGGAAUACUCAUUGGGUAUACGUGCCAAAAAUCCUAACACCAUUUCAAGGGAAAGUGAACUUUUCUGGUCUAACUUUGUAGUACCCUCAUGUGUUGAAUGGUAUAAUUACGAUUUUAAUAUAUGUGCACCUCUCGCACCGACUGGCUUAGACGCAGAGCAAAUAUUUAUUGGUGAAAAUGAGUUUUCCGUAAAUAUAAGCUGGAAUAAGCCUGAGUAUUUCCCGGAUUACUACACUUUGCGCAUCAUGGAUAUAGAUGAAAAAGGCAAUGCUUUUACCUUUAACGUCAGCAAGGCAGCGACAUAUUUUCUUAUACCGAAAAUAACUAUUUAUGGGAGUCAUUAUGAAAUUCAUUUAACAGCUUUCACAGCUGGAGGAAAAACUUCAGCCUAUAUAGAUACUCCAAUUAAAACGAUUGUGAUGAUAUCGGAUAACAACGAUCUCACAAAUAUCAUGUCCGCUGUGUUGGCUUCUAUAUUAUUCGUGGUAAUAAUAGGGUUGACUAUAUUUUUAAUUUACUACAGAAAGGCUAAACUUAAACGUCAUCAAGAACGUAGUAAAUAUUUUGAGGAACUGGAGAGGAAGACUCCAAUUACUGAUAAAUCUGUUACAGAUUAUCCUAAAAAUACCCUCUUUACUGUUGCUACUAAGGAAUUAGCCAAUUUUCAGCCACACUUUGAUGAUGUUACAAUUUUUAAUGAUGACAUGGAAAUUGACCGUCACGAUGUUGAACUGUUGGAAAUUCUCGGUGAGGGUGCAUUCGGUUUUGUGCGCCGCGGCAUUUACAAGGACAAGAAUUCAGGUCCACGUGAAGUGGCUGUUAAAAUGCUUAAAGAUCAACCUUCACUGGAAGAUAUGCGUGGUUUCCGACGAGAAAUUGAAGUAAUGAAAUCGGUAGAUAAACAUCCGAACAUUGUUGGAAUCAUUGGGCACUGUACUAAGUGCCAAAAUGGUAUGAUGCUUUUGACUGAAUAUUGUAGUUUUGGAAAUCUACUUGAUUUCUUGAGAGACGAAUGGAAACACUUACAUGAUUCACAAAUGAGAACUAUUUCCGAACUUUCAAAGGGGAGAUAUGAAGGAAUCAGUAAAGAAUCUGGCGAUAAUACAAACCUAAACUAUUUCAACAAUAAUGAAAACAGUGAAAAUUUCAAUACAAAUGCCACUAAAAUGCAAGAAUAUAAUUCCAAAGGAAUAAAAUCAAUUUCAAAUAAUAAUAAUAAUAAUGUUAAUUAUAAUAAUCGUAUUGAGGAUAUAAUAAAAGCUUCAAUUCUAACACCGGCGGUGUCAAAUGUGGGCUACGGUUAUGAUCAAAUGUGUACCAGCACCUGUAAAUGUGAAGUUAUUAUUACUGAUACUGGAGCACAAAUCAAUGAUAAUGAAAUUGACCCAAUAAAGGAUACACAAGAUCAAAUUGGAUCUAGUGAUGUCGAUAUUGAAAGAUACUUUAAUAGUGGUCCUGCUAAUAAGACUAUUGCAAUUAAAAAUUGUGAAUGUGAGAAACAUAAAAUGGCAAAGAAAAUCAAGAUGGUAGAGAAUAAAGCCUAUUUUGAGCAAAUGCUAAAGAAUGGAAAUAAUCAGAAAGAACAUACAAAACUGGAUGGAAAAGUGGAUGCCCUACAGUUUUCAGUACAUCGUGAACCACUCAGUGUUGGUGAUUUAGCGGAUAUAGCGAAACAAGUAGCUCUGGGCAUGGAAUUUCUCUCCAUGAACAAAGUGGUACAUCGUGAUUUAGCAGCACGAAAUGUUUUGGUCACGCCAGACCGAACUGUUAAAAUUGCAGAUUUUGGACUCAGUCGUGAUGUGUAUCGAGAAAACAUUUACCAAAAGACCGGAAAUGGUAAAUUACCAAUAAAGUGGAUGGCGUUGGAAUCAUUAACUCAUCAAAUUUAUACAACACAGUCAGAUGUUUGGUCGUAUGGCAUAUUACUCUAUGAAAUUGUGACAUUGGGUGGCUCACCGUAUCCUGCAAUACCAACAAAUCGCUUGGUACAAUAUCUGAAAAGUGGACACCGCAUGGACAAGCCUAUUCACUGCGAGCAACAACUAUAUGAUCUUAUGUUGACCUGUUGGAAUGCAAAUCCUGCUGAUAGACCCACUUUUACGGAAAUACUUCAAAAACUAGAUAAGUUUCUGGUUAAGGAACUAACUGAUAAGACCGAAUAUACUACAAAUGUAACAACAUUGAAUUUGUAUGUUUAA